AAUGGGGAGGCGCGGGCGGCCGGGCGCGGCGGCGCGGCCAUGGCGGGCGCGAUGGCGGCGGGCGGCCCGCGGCGCUGCCGGCGGCUGGAGGGCGAGGCGGCGCGGGCCGUGCUGGCCAACGCCGACACGCUGCUCUUCGACUGCGACGGCGUGCUGUGGCGCGGCGAGGCGGCCGUGAGCGGCGCGGCGGAGGCGCUGGGCCGGCUGGCGGCGGCGGGCAAGCGGCUGUGCUACGUGACCAACAACAGCGGGCGGACGCGCGCGGCCUACACCGAGAAGCUGCGGCGCCUGGGCUUCCCGCCCGCCGAGCCCCGGCACGUCUUCAGCUCGGCCUUCUGCGCCGCCCGCUACCUGCGGCAGGCGCUGCCGCCCGGCGCCGCCGCCUACGUGCUGGGCAGCGCCGCGCUGGCCGCCGAGCUGGAGGCCGUGGGCAUCCCGCACCUCGGGCCCGGGCCCGCCGCGCUGCCCGGGCCCGCGCCCCGCGACUGGCUGCAGGCGCCGCUGGAGCCCGCCGUGCGCGCCGUGCUCGUGGGCUUCGACGAGCACUUCAGCUACGCCAAGCUGUGCCAGGCGCUGCGGUACCUGCUGCGCGGCGGCGCCGAGUGCCUCCUGGUCGGCACCAACCGCGACCACCGGCUGCCGCUCGAGGGCGGCGCCGGCAUCCCCGGCACGGGCUGCCUGGUGAAGGCCGUGGAGACGGCGGCGCAGCGCGAGGCGUUCAUCGUGGGCAAGCCCAACCGCUUCAUGUUCGACUGCGUGGCCGGGGAGUUCCCGGUGGACCCCGCGCGCACCAUCAUGGUGGGGGACCGGCUGGACACGGACAUCCUGAUGGGCAACAGCUGCGGCCUCACCACGCUGCUCACCCUGAGCGGGGUGACGGCGCUGGACGAGGUGCGGGGCCACCAGGACAGCGGCUGUCCCGCCAGGCACAGCCUGGUCCCCGACUACUACGUGGACAGCAUCGCCGACCUGCUCCCGGCGCUGGGGGAGUAACGGGCCCGGGGCAGCCCGGGCAGCAGCCCCGUGGCAGUGGCGUGCCCACCAGGCACUCCCCGGGGUUAGAACCCUUCGCUUGUCUCCUCGCUGUCCUCUCGGUACGGUUCUGUUUACAUCUCAGUCUGAAAUGCACUUUGAACAACGGGGGCAUUGCAGGGGCUGGGGCUUGCGGCUGGCUUUAGCUGUGAUGCAUGGGUGCAGUGCAGCUGUAAUGCAUCCAUGCAGUGCAGCUGUAGUGCAUCCAUGCAGUGCGGUUGUAAUGUAUGGAUUCAGUGGAGUUGUGCAUGGAUGCAGUGCAGCUGUAGUGCAUUGUUGUAGUGCACCCAUGCAGUGCAGCUGUAGUGCAGCCUUGCAGUGCAGUUGUGAUGCACCCAUGCAGUGCAGCUGUAGUGCACCCAUGCAGUGCAGCUGUAGUGCACCCAUGCAGUGCAGUUGUGAUGCACCCAUGCAGUGCAGUUGUAAUGCACCCAGCAGUGCAGCUGUAGUGCAUGGAUGCAGUGCUGGUGGUGCUCCCCAGCCCGGCUCCUCUGCGCUGAGCCGGGGAGCUGGAGCUGCUUGGUCUGAGGGGAAGGAUCAUGUCCUGGCCAGGCUGGGCCGUGGCUCAGCCCAGUCUGUUCAGGGAAACAACUCUUGGGAUGUGCAGCAGCUCUGGUUGUGGUUAGACACUUGUGGAGCUGGUGUUUGCCCUUGGGGUGGCUUUUUCCCAGCUGGGGCCCUCUUGAAGGGCACAGCCCCACCUCAGGUCACACAGAUUCAUCUCCUUCAUUUGACCACUGCACGUUGCACUUGUGAUGCAGAUUGGGAUGAUCCCACAAAAUUCCAGCCCUUGGCUGCUGCACACAGUGUCUGUCCAAGGUCGAGAGUGUAAAGCACAUGUACACACUGGCACGCCCUGAGCAUAAAGUUAGAGUAUAUUUAAAUUAUAAAUAGAGACUAUGAUUGAUAAUAUAUCUUGUUUCCCAGGAGGGAGGAUGAGAGGAAUGUAUUUCACUGAUUUAAUUCUCCUAAACGUUGCAUUUGGUAAUGCAGAGAGUCUGUAGCCACACAGGACUGUCCCUCAUUCCUGCUGCUGCUUCCCAGAAAUCCCUGGAUCAAUGCAGACCAAGCUCCUGCACUUCCCUCAGCAUCAACGAGCCUUGGCUUUAGCUGCACAAUCCCAGUUCCUGCUCAGUGAUGGAUGUAGUGCCCAGGAGAGCUGUCCACAGCAGCCCUGUGGCUGCUGCCUGUGUGUGAGGGUAGCUCGUGCUUCCUCCCCAUCCCUGAGGUUCAGAUCUUCCGCGUGUGCCGGCGGGGGCCGGGCACGGUGGGCAGGAGGAGUGCUGGCUUGCUCAGGGAUGAUUCCUCUUGAUCUCCAGGUGGGAUUGGGCAAUGAGGGGCUCACCACAGGGUGGUUUCUGUGCUGCCCGAAUCCCACAGUGAAAGCUUUUGCGUUAUAGAAUUAACUGAAAAUUAUAUAUGCAAAUAACACGCUUUUAUCGCAUAGAUUCCAGUACCUACAGUUCCACUUGAGCACUGGUUUUCCUUCCUGCCCAGCUGAGGAGCUCGGGCAGUGCUGAUGCCAUUUCCUGCCUGGUAACUUGUCACCUUCUUUGUACAGCAAUAACCCUGCAGUCCAGAGGGUCUCUGUUCAGAGCACUGGCUGAGCCUCUGAAAGGCUGUUUGUUUGUAAGGUGGGAGUUGUGGAAGAAGUGUGGAAAAUCUCUUGUGCAAAGUGCCAGAGGCAGAGCUGGCCCUUGCUCUGGGUAAUGUGGAGAUGGACAUUGUGCACUCACUGCAGGUUGUGUCUGGUGUAACAGUGUGGGUUUGGAUCCAGUCUCUGUUUCUGGUGUGCUUUUUGUGUCAGGAGAAGGCCAGCAGAGAGUCCAGCAUCCCUCGUCAGGCUGUCCCUGCCGAGGGCUCUGGCUGGCAAGGGAGCCACUGCCUGGGCCCAGGGUGCUGGCAUGGGCUGGUGGCGGUGUCAAUCGUGCUUCAAAUCUCUGUUCUGACUUCCAAACUGUUCUUAAUCCUCUACUUGAAUUCCCAUUAAACUCAAACCUGCUCUCCCCA